UUUGUGAGUGGCAGCCAUUCCCUGUAGGUACCCUGUCGGGCUGCUCCAGGCCCCACCUGGCUCCCUCACCUAGCCUGCCCCACCCCCCCGGACCUCCCCCCAGCUCCAGCCCUCUGCCCGCCCCGUGGGAGGCCCUGUGGCCCUGUCGCUGCCCUGCCCCCUCUCUCAGGAAUCAGACCUUCUCUUCCCACCAUCACUAUCCCGGCAGCUGUCCAAACAGAGUGAGAAGAAAAUGUUCUCUUGCCGGAACAGCUGGACUGACAGGCCGGGAAGGCCAGGUGGCCCGAGGCAGCCGGGAUGACAGCUCUCCCCAGGAACCCUGCUACCCGCUGAGAAACAUGAUCAGCAAGUCCCGCUGGAAGCUCCUGGCCAUGUUGGCUCUGGUCCUGGUCGUCAUGGUGUGGUAUUCCAUCUCCCGAGAAGACAGGUACAUUGAGCUUUUUUAUUUUCCCAUCCCAGAGAAGAAGGAGCCGUGCUUCCAAGGUGAGGCAGAGAGGAAGGCCUCUAAGCUGUUUGGCAACUACUCCCGAGAUCAGCCCAUCUUCCUGCAGCUGAAGGAUUAUUUCUGGGUCAAGACGCCCUCUGCCUAUGAGCUGCCCUACGGGACCAAAGGGAGUGAAGACCUGCUUCUCCGGGUUCUAGCCAUCACCAGCUACUCCAUUCCAGAGAGCAUCCAGAGCCUCAAGUGUCGCCGCUGCGUGGUGGUGGGGAACGGGCACCGGCUGCGCAACAGCUCACUGGGAGACGCCAUCAACAAGUACGACGUGGUCAUCAGAUUGAACAACGCGCCAGUGGCCGGCUAUGAGGGGGACGUGGGCUCCAAGACCACCAUGCGUCUCUUCUACCCCGAGUCAGCCCACUUCAACCCCAAAGUGGAGAACAACCCAGACACACUCCUCGUCCUGGUAGCUUUCAAGGCAAUGGACUUCCACUGGAUUGAGACCAUCCUGAGUGAUAAGAAGAGGGUGCGAAAGGGCUUCUGGAAGCAGCCUCCCCUCAUCUGGGACGUCAACCCCAGGCAGAUUCGGAUUCUCAACCCUUUCUUCAUGGAGAUUGCAGCUGACAAACUGCUGAGCCUGCCGAUGCAACAGCCUCGCAAGAUUAAGCAGGUGCAGAAGCCCACCACCGGCCUGUUGGCCAUCACACUGGCCCUCCACCUCUGCGACCUGGUGCACAUCGCCGGCUUUGGCUACCCAGAUGCCCAUAACAGGAAGCAGACCAUUCACUACUACGAACAGAUCACACUCAAGUCCAUGGCGGGGUCAGGCCACAAUGUCUCCCAGGAGGCCCUGGCCAUCAAGCGGAUGCUGGAGAUGGGAGCAGUCAAGAACCUCACAUUCUUCUGACUCGGGCAGGAGCUGUACCCGUCAGUCCGCCCGCUCUGCCACCCGAGCGGCCCCAUCCAUGGCUGUGGGGGUGCCUGGUGCCAGCAUGACCCGCUUGGACUCUCCCUCCUCUGUGUGCAGAGGGGUCCUGGUACUGGCCGGGCCUGAGACGGGGCCCUGCCUCUGGCAGCUCUCGUGGCGGCCGUAUUUGGUCAGGG